AUGGCUAGGAUCACAAUCGACGUCGUAAUCGACAUAGGAUGUCCCUUUUGCUACGUAGCCUUAAAACGUAUCACGAGAGCUAUUCAGACGCACCAAGAUAGAUGCCCCAACGAUUCGAUCAUAAUCCAAUGGCAUCCGAUGAUUCUUCAACCAAACGCACCCAAGGUCUCCAUAGAUAUUUCAACCUACAUUGCCUCAGUGUUCGGACCAGAGGCGAAAGACGCAAAAUUAGCACGCGAACAGGCGCUUGGUCGCGCCGAAGGCAUUAAUUUUAACAAUCGCCGCAAGAUCGGCAGCACAUACGAUGGUCACCGCUUGAUACAUCUUGCUGGCGAGAAAUCCAGCACAAUGCAGCUUGCUGUUGUGGAAAGGCUGUUCAAGGGUCAUUUUGAGGACGGCCAAGACCCGUCAUCCCGUGACUUUCUUAUGAGCGUAGCCGUAGAAUCAGGCAUCGAGAGAUCGGAAGCUAAGGCUUGGUUGAAUUCACGCGCAGGUGGUCUUGAAGUUGACGAGAAGAUUGCCAAGGCAACUAUGAGAGGAGUCGAAGUUGUUCCCGACAUCACUAUUGCUGGACGCUAUCGAAUUGGAACUGGUUAUGAAACGGAUCGUUUAAUUCAUGUACUAGGAAAGGCUGGAGCAGAGGGAGUCUAA